CAUAAGUGUGCACCUCCGCUCAUUCAGAGUUGUUGUUUCAAUACUGCAAGAUCGGUGCAUAACUCGAUUGGGUAUCUCCGCAGUUAGUCUAUCCGCCGUGCUGCUACAGUACCUGAAAGAGGAUCGCGGCAUUAACUGGGCACAGACCUAACCUAACGCGACGAAUUUCCGAAGCGGUGAUGCUAAAAUGGACGUCCGACACUUACACCCUGUUCCCAAUGUGCUGAUCAGUUGAUCGAGAGGAAAUGAUAAUGGUCACAAGUUGAACCGCUCAUAAAUGCCGGUUUUGAUCAUAGCAUCCUCCCUGUGCAAGCACACACUCUAGAGUUUGAAGUUCCCAUCUUUCUCUAUCAUCUUUCCGACCGCUUGAGGUGGUCAUCAUCCAAUAGUAACCUGCAUCCUUUUUGCAAAGGGAAAGGCCGGGACAAGAAGCUGAUCGACAUCGCGCGGAUUAACUCUUUCAGCACUCUUCGUUCAGCGUACUUGAGGAUAGCUCAGAGAGCCUGCUCUCCAGUUACCUCAAUCCGCUGACCCUGACUGCUAUCGCGGGUUUUCGUCAGACCAAUCUUCCCCGGCAUGAUGAGACAGGCUCGCCACCGCAAGAACCACACUGCUGUCAACCCUUGAACAGACUCUAUCCAGCCACUAUUAACAUCGAUCAAUGAAUAAGUAAAAUGUCUUGAUGGUUUAAGACUAUUCAAAAAGGGGGAAACCCAAAAAGUGACCAACCCGACAUCUGGGUUCGUGUUUGCUCGUCUGCUCCCUGUCGUUGUCUGUCGUUACCUAACUUACAGCACUUCCCUUACGGUGACCCGACUUUCGGUAAGAGUGCAGUCCUCCCGAUGACUGCAUGCAUGCGUGCAUAUGCAUCGGGAGUGAAGCCCUGAUCUCAUCACCUACCGCUUCGGGAACGAUAUACGGGCGCGGGUUACAAGUAGCUUGGCUGAUGGUGUUUGGGUGCUUGGGGUGCUUGGGGUGCGGCGAGGUGAGGCGAGGUGAGCCUUCCUGGGCUCGCUCUCGCUCUCGCUCUUGGUAAUCCCGUUGCUGAUGCUCUUAGUGGAGAGAAUGGGAAAUGGUGGAGGGGGAAAGAUGCGGAUGAAGGCGAGGGUGGAUCAGUGGACUUGUGCAUAUGUAUGGUACAAGGGGUUGAAGACGCAAGCGGGGGACGCUGCUAUAUUGAGAUGGAUUGCAUUUGUUCAUUUUUUUUUUUUUUUUUUGCUUCCUGGUCCAAAGUUUUGUCUUUUCUUCUGACCGGAGAUAUUCGGCGUCGGGAUCGGGGUACAUGGGCGGCGAUAUUUGGCUGGGUUUUGAGUCGGAUCUAGCUUUGGAACUUCGUCACAACUUCUUGGAGUCUUCGGUGUUUCCAACAAAUGCUGCCCACUCCGACCGCACUUCCAGCAGUUCGGGAUUCUAAGUAAUCGAAGAUGGAAAUCCAUCCUAAAGUAACGCUCUCCAGCCUACCUCCUGAGAUUCUCCAACAAAUUGCGACAUACCUCCCACCCAUCACGGUCAUCUCCAUACUACUAGUCUCUCACUCUCUAAGAAAAGUAAUUGAUAGUCGGGUCGUAUGGAAGGUGUUUAUUGUGAACAAUGCGAGAUUUCCAAAUGGAAUUCCGGACUCGGUUGGCGAAGAGCGGGGAGACGGAGAUAAGGAGACGAAGUUGAAGAGUUUUGUUUUGGCUGACAUUCUGGCGGAGAGGUGGGAGGAUAGUAGGAGGAGGUUUGAGGAGACGGAUUUGAGGUGGUUGCCUAUGUUGACUGUUGUUGGUCAUCCAGUCUUAAAGAGUCUAACACCAUAUCUUUUGGAACACCUUGCAGUUCAACUAUCAGGAUCAUUACAAACAGACACUCCACUCUUUGAUAUCCCACCAAGGAAAGAUGGACGAGAUCAACAAAAUCCGUUGAUAUUCCCCGUCAACCCAAACACAUCAUUCUCCCUAGAACAAUGGCAGAGCCAAUUAACCGGCUCAUUCUGUUUUGCCAUGACACGCAUGUCAACUCUCUCGCUCCAAAAAGCAACCGAGGAAGACCUCCGCCUUCAUCAGCAACAGACUGACUCGCCACAAGACGACGACCCAGAACCAUAUCCAGAAAUAUCCACGAUCCCACCACCUAUUCCUCAACUUUCCAAGAUCCCUUGGUUCAACUUCAACCCGCGCGAGCCAUCCUUAUCCCUCUCGCCUGAGAAGAGGGGGAUAUUGAUAACAGCCUUACACGCCCUCUCACUCACAGCCAUAGCACAUUUCAGCACCGAACUAGACCUCGCUAUUUCCGAAUAUCGAGUUGCAUCUACGACUAUCGACCAGGUUUCGCAUCCGCCUACGUCCAAAACUAUCGCGAAACAUCUCUGGACGCUGGCUUCCUCAGAUUCAUCCCCGUCUUCCUAUCCAUCUGGAUUUCCUCCGCCAUUCAGUCCACUCUGUAUAGACAAGUUUGGAAAGAGUCAUCUAAGCUACAUGGCAACAGAGCAAUUCUUCGAAGACGGCGAAUGGACUGGUGCGUUUGCUUAUACGGGUCUUUGGGCCGUGAAAGGUGUGGGUGGUCUUGGUAGGGAUGUGUUUGAUUGUGUUGGAGGUGUGAAUAGGAUGGUGAAGUUGGGUGGGUGGGAUGUUCCUAAUCAUGGUGAGAGAGGGGAGGGGAAGCGGAGGGAUGGAAACGGGUUGGUUGUAGAGGGUGUUGUCAGGUUUAGGAGGGUGGUUGGUGUAACCGAGGAUGGUGCUGACAUGGACGGACAGAACGAAAUGGAGGGAGGGAACGUUGGAGGGAAGAAAGAGAAGAGUGAUGUCUUUAUGCUGAGGAGUAAUGCCUUCUACAGCCAGAUCGGGACUUAUAUCCUCGAAUUACGAGUCCAGAGAAGUACGGGCUUGAUCGCUGUUAAGCAACGUGAUGCUCUUGCUCAUGUUCGUGGUGUGGGAGGGGGUUGUAGGAAUGGGAGGGGUGAUGGGAGUUGUUGGGGUGCGGCUUUGACGCCAUUUGGAGUUGUGGGGGCUGUAGGAGUCGGUGGAAGUUGGAUGUGGUUGUGGAAGAGGGACUGGAGUGGUGGUGUUGAGAGGGAGGUGUGAAUGAGAGCGAGUGUGCUUGACGAAAAUACCACGGUGUGUGUAACGAAAGCAGUUACACUUGAGAUUUGGAGGUAGUAGUGCGAGAAUUUUGACUUGUAAGGAUGAGACGAGAAGAUGACCAGGGAAUAAUUGAGUAUUACCUUUCCGAAGAAGCAUGAUCAUCCUGCCUUGAGAGUGAAGUAAGAAAGAACCUAAGAAGCGAACAUGUUGGGGGAAGGCUACGUGGGAUGGCAGCGCCGCGCUGAUGACCUAGACUAGCAUCUCGGUCUCCAGCUCCAGAAUUCAGCGUCCAGAUAAACUGGAUCUUUGCCCCUGUAUUUCUCGCGAUGUGACCUCUAAUAAUCGAAGAGAAAGUACCCGAGGACCCAUGCAGUUGCGCUGCGGCCAAGAGAAGGAAAUGGGUUAGUGUACCAUCCUCGCCGCUAAAUCUUCUUGUCAUCAAUAGCUACGAACUCUCUCGGACUCUCUGCCAACCUCAUUAGACACGGAAAUGCCCGAUUUAGAAUAUGAACCUGGCGGUCAG